AUGCGACUUGUUUAUGUCAACAUGCUAGAUUACUAUGUCAUCAUAGUGACUGUCUUCUUUUCUGGUUAUAUCUAUUUUGUUGCCAUUUUACACAUUCAUUUGAUUAAUGCUAAGUACUGUGCGUUUCAAUUAGGGAGGAAGUAUGGAAACACAAAAAACUGCACUAAACUAGAGCACUGUAAAAAGGCCUUUGAUGAUAAAACGGGAGCUUGUUUAGGGCCUGAGAACCAGUGUGAACCAGGAUGGAUGGGACCAGGCUGUCAAUAUAUAAAUUUAGCAUAUAAAAAGAAAUCCACCAGGCCAAGUCUUGAUGGGAACUUGAGCACAUCUGAGGACAUCAAACGAAUACGGAUCGAUUUCUAUGGAAGUUUUAUAAUUUCUGCUUUAAAUAUUCAUGCAAUUUCGUCAAACAACGUAACCAUCAAAUCUCUAAAUAACGAGACAUGUUUCAUCGGACCAAUUAAAGAAGGCACUCCUCUUGUAUUCUGCAGCUAUGUUCUGAGAACAAGAAUGUUAAAUAUUUCAUUUACACGACAAACAACCGUAUCUGAAAUAGAAGUUUAUGGAGGACGGAAUGUCGCUUUGUGGAGGAAGACGUCACAGUCAUCAGACUACAACAGUGAUUACACAUCUGACAAAGCAGUGGAUGGAUGGGACAGCGGAGGAGAUUUGUUCAAUAACUCGUGCACAAUAACAUAUGAGAUAAUUGAGCCUAAUGGUCCUUAUUGGAGUGUUAAUCUUGGAAGCCCAUAUUCAAUUAUGUCAGUUCGCAUAGCAAGUAGAAAUAAAUUCGGUUUGUUUUUGUUUUAUAAU